UGGAAAUUUGCCGAGCGUUGCAUUGUUGCCUUGCUCCUAUGACUCCUUCUCGAACUUCACAACGUGCGGAACCUCACAAAAAUCCAGCCAACAGGCCAUUGGACUUUUUUACGAACUCUCAAUUUCUGCUUCUAAUUCUUGCUCGUAUACAUGUACUAGACUGAAUAUGAUGGCUCGCGUCAGAUGGAAACGUGCAUCGCACUCUAAAAGUCAUGGCGGUUGUGCGACCUGCCGUGCGCGUCGUGUCAAAUGUGACGAGACGCAGCCGAUUUGCCAUCGUUGUGUCAAGGCUGGUCGCAUCUGUGAAGGCUACAAGCCACCGCCUCGACCUGCCGGACAGCUUCGCAGUAUCUGCCCGCGGCCUCUGAACCCUAUCAGUCACUUGAGCGACAUCGAGGGCAAUGCGUUGGAUUUCUUCCGUCGCGUUACUAUAUUUCAGCUUCCUUGUGCUUCGGUAAGCGAGACACCAUGGGAGAAAGUGGCUCUGGAUCUGGUUUAUCGACAGCCAUCUAUCGCAGCCGCUGCUUCAGCGUGUGCAGGUAUACACCGUGCGAUCACGGACGCACAAGACCACAAUCAAUGGCAACUCGCUAUGCAGCAGUACAACAAAUCGUUAGCUUCGGUCAGCAAGUACAUUGGUGACCUGGGUGCCGAAAAGUCUGAUGACGACGUGCUUGUUGUACUUGUGGCUUGUCUACUUCUCUUUACGUACGAGGUUUUCUCUGGACAAGACGAAAAGGCUUCACUUCAUCUGAAGACUGGACUACGCAUUAUACACGAACGCCGAUGUCCAAAUGACAAUCCGCGGACGCCGAACGACCGGCACAUCAUAGUCGUGAAGCCACAUCCAACAUCAGUAUUUGAUGUGCUAUUGCAAAUAUUCGUUCGACUUGAUUCAGAUUACACAUUGACAGGCCACGAUGACCCUUAUCUCUAUCCCAUCUGCGACGAACCCUUGCCAGCGAGCUUUACCGAUCCUGAUCAAGCUGGCGUCCACCUUGAAGUCGUAGCGGCAGGCAUCUACGAUACAUUCGAUACCUUGUGGUUACAUGCACAAAGUGUCUUGGAUGCACAAACAGAUACCGAAGCCCUGACCUUGGAUCAAUGCAAUUGUCUCAUACGUGCAUCUCUACGCACUGUUGACUUGGAUGAUUCUCUGCAAAAAGGCAUUGAAGAGUGCCGCGAGUCACUAAAAGCCUGGAAUUCCGCAUUCGCAGACACCAAACAAACCAAGGAGAAUUUGAUGUCACACAUGACGACACAAAUUUACUUCUUCUGCGUAUGCUUUUGGGUUGAUACAUGGCGCGAUGCAAGCCCCAUGGAGGUCGAUCGCUUUGAGAGUCAAUUUGAGUACUUCACCAGUCUGUGUGAGAAAUAUCUCGAAUUGCACGUUGCAAAGACGCCAUUCCGAAGCAGCUUCACCACUAAUCAAGACAAGACCGCGAGGAUAGACACACCUCCAGCCUUCUCACUCGGUACUGGUGUUGUCACUUGUCUGGUUGCCAUUGUUGAGAGAUGUCGUAAUUCAUCCAUUCGGCGGCGUUGUAUCGCCACACUGCGCAGAAUCAAUCUCAGGGGAGUUUUUGACACUGACUACUUGAUCGCGUACCUGGAAGCUAUUGUCGAAAAGGAAGAAGAACUCGCACGCUUUUGUAACCUGGAACUUGACCUUGGCCCUGAUCUGCAAGCUUGUGAUAUUCCGGAAGCUGCCAGAUUCCUCGAGGUCGUCAUGUCUCCCUCGUAUCAUGCUUCGAACUUCGAGUUUUACAAGACGAAGCGUGUUGGAAUUGUGUACGUGACUGGAGGGCAUGGUGUUGGGGGCAAAGGGCUUCAAAUAGGAGAGACGAUGAUCAAGAUGGCUUGAGUGGAGGAAUUGGUUUGAACGACUCGACGAUGAGAUUUAGUUGCUGGCUACUAGAAAAAGUUGGUACAUAGUGUUGCAUGACGAACAUACCAUCGGUAAUUCGAGAUGGAAUUGAUCAGCUGUUCAUUGGU